AUGUCUCGUCGAAUACCUUCUUUUUCGGAUCUUAAUAUCCGUACCCAACAGCCCAUAAAACGUUUUAAAACAGCUGAAACUUCUGCUGAUGCUUCAUCGUAUCGUAAUAUUUUUGAACAAUUUGAUGAUGUCUCACCACCACCUACAGUGAAAACAACUACAGAGAAAAUAAUACCAAAAACUGUUCCUUCAAAAUUAUCCUCGCAACAAUUUUCAUCAACGUCAUCAUCAACAGCACGUUCAAUAAUGGCUAAGCAAAUUGUGAAACAGGAUGAUGAGCUUUGGUCAAUGCUAUUUCAACCGAAAUCACGCUACGAUCUUAUUCUUCAUCAAAAAAAAAUUAAAGAUCUUGAACAAAUACUACAAAUAUCAUGUGGCAUUGUUACAACAGAUAAACGACCAUCAAAAUUAAUACUUAUUUCUGGUCCAACCGGUUCGGGAAAAUCAACAUGUUUACGAAUACUAGCUGCUUCAUUGAAUAUUAAUAUUGUUGAAUGGGAAACUCGAACAACAUCAUCUUUAACAAACACUGCACAAGAUGAAUAUCGAGAUGAUCGCCAAUGGACUGAAUCUCAAAAGCGUUCAUUUCGUACUUUUGCAUUUCAAUCAACUCGCUAUCUAUCAUCAUCAACGGGAAAUUGUAGUAACGGUUUAAUAUUUGAAGAUGAAAAUGAACAAUCCACAGUUAAAUCACACUCAACAUCAUCGACGAAACAAAUUGUAUUAAUUGAAGUAAGUUCACAUUUUUUUUAUUAA